AUGGCAUCGGCCGACGCGCCCCAGGCCCAGGCGCCCGAGAGCUUGCGAUCGAGCCUCGGCCUGUCCAACAUCGACCUACUGGCCAUGGUCCUCAGCGACUCGGGUCUCGCCAACGCCGAGCCGCAGUGGUGGAACGCGUCGCCCUGGGGAUGCUUCCUCAUCGGGCUUCAACCACGAGGUGGUUGGCAGAUCAUGCAGCGAUCGAUGCAAUGGGGCGACGACGCCUGGGCGCGCUGCUUUGGCGUCGACUGCCAGGCGCCCACCCUCUACGCCUACUUUGCCUGCAGCAUCCGCAACCGCCUCGAGGUCCUUGCCUCGGACAACUUUCGCUCGCCGACCGAGGGCGUCGUCGCCCCGGGCGCCCCGUGGCGCACGACGCCCAACUUCACCGUCAAGCGUCCCACGAAGCUCAUUGACGGCAGUCGUGGUGGGCAGGCCUUUGUGGCGGCCAUCCUCGCGCCCGAGGGGGGUAAGCACUACAGCAUCGUGGACCAGGCGCGCAUGCAGCUCCUGAGCGUGCUGCUCGUAGGCGCGAGCCUGACGCGCGAGGACAGGCGGGAAGAGUAUGUAGACGUGGUGUUGCCGCGGGACUUUGACCUAUCGCCCGCCUUGGGCGUCGUGUUCACACGCUUGCUGGCGGGCUUGGUGUUCUUUAGCGUUGUAUGCGUCGCCUUGUUGGUGAGUACGUGGUGGUCGCUGCUGCGGAGCAAUCUGUACGGCGAUAGGGCGUCGCUCGCCUGGGUCACAAAGGUCCUCUCGUUGGGGUGCUGGGCGGUGGGGUCCAUGGGCUUGCUCAUGCUUGGAGGGAACCCGCGGGUGGCAAAAGUCCACACGGCCCCGACGGAGCGGCCACCGCACUCCAAGAUGCCCAUUGUCGUCCAGUUCGGCUCCCUCCACGGCUCCAUCUUCACGCCAGAUAGGGGCACCUGCGAGCUCCCGCGCGAGCUGGUCGAGCGCAUCUGCGCCCUCGACAUCAAGACGGUGCGCUCGGUGGGCUGGGCCGCCGGCGUCGCGUGGUUCGGUGUCAUGCUCCUCGCCGGCGUCACCCUGCAGAUUGGGAGCAUCCUUGCGCCGCUGUUUGCCGCCGACCUCGCGAGCCUGACCUUUCUGCUGCUGACGUCCCUGGCCAGGGGGGUCGGGGUCUCGGGACCGGAGAGCUGGAUGAUUCCCAGGUGGAAGCGAAGACCGAACGCGGUCCAUGGUGCGGUGCUUGUCGGGCAAUGUAACUCGAGGGAGCGAGCCGACGUGUGA